GGUGGAGAUGGGAUGGUGUGAAGAGUGGAAGCCAAUUUUUGUAAUGCUGGCUGUGGAAGUGGCUUAUGCUGCCAUGAACACCGUGAUCAAGACCGCCACCGAUGAGGGGAUGAACGGGCUCAUCUUCAUCACUCUUCGCCAAUUGAUUGCCACCUUGUUCAUGGCUCCUGUGGCCUAUUUUCGAGAACGGAAGACUAGACCAAAGCUGACAACUGAAAUCAUUGUAUAUCUUUUCUUCAGUGCGAUGUUCGGGACUUCACUCACGCAGUAUCUCUUCUUCUUUGGUUUGAGAAAUACUACAGCAACGUUUGCAUGCGCUUUUCUUAACAUGGUUCCUGUGUUGACCUUCCUGAUAGCCUUGCCCUUCCGUUUGGAGACACUAAAUGUGAAGACAAGAGCAGGGAUUGCAAAGUUGCUUGGGACUAUCAUAUGCCUUGUUGGAGCAACAUUGCUUACAUUUUAUAAAGGUGUGGCCUUAACCAACACUACCCACCAAUCAUCAGUAUCAAAGCAACAAGGGAGAUACAAUGCAAGCUAUAGCACAAAGCAAUGGAUGAUGGGUUCGAUGGCCUAUCUUGCUGGUUGCCUUAGUUGGUCCUCAUGGUUCCUCCUCCAAUCUAAAGUUGGUAAGAAGUAUCCAGCACUGUACUCUGGGAGUUUCCUCAUAUUUUUCCUUGGUUUCCUUCAAGGAGCGGUGUUAAGCUUAGCCACUCAGAAGAGUUUCUCUGUAUGGGUUCUGAAAAAAAAGGUGGAGAUCAUUACCGUCAUUGUUUCGGGGAUAGCAGGAUCUGGAUUUUGCUUCUUGGCCAUGUCAUGGUGUGUGGAGAAGAGAGGCCCUGUCUUUACUGCUGCAUUCACUCCUCUUCUACAAAUUUUGGUGGCUGGAAUUGACUUCUCCAUCCUCCAUGAACCGCUUUACCUUGGAAGUGUUUUGGGGUCUGUUCUUGUGAUUCCAGGCCUCUAUUUUCUGCUGUGGGGAAAGAGAAAGGAGGCCCAGAGUUCUGCGGCGAAGACGACCGAAGAAAAUGAAGAACACCAAGUGCAACUGCAAACUGUAUGAUGAAACUGGAUCAUUUUGAAUUAAGGGGCUGAUAUCUUCUUCUACUUUAGUUUUAAUUAAUGUUCUCUUGAGAGCAACACAUGUACGUUGAAGAACUGAAGGAGGAACAUU